AUGAUCACGCCUCGACUACAAGACUCGUGGAACAAGCUCGGGUAUGUCUUACGGCUUGCGAUGAGCAUGGGUAUGCAUCGAGAUCCUUCUGAGAGCGACCAACGGAUCCCGGUCUUCUGGGGAGAGAUACGCCGGAGGCUGUGGUUUACCUUGGCAGACAUGGACCUGCACAUGUCGAUAGCCUGCAAUAUGCCUUCUCUGCUUCGUGAUGGGGACUUCACCUGCAAGCCACCACGAAAUCUCAAUGACUCUGAACUGUUUCCAGGAAUGCAGGAACUCCCUCCUAUGCGACCAAUUGAUCAGGUGACCGAUAAUCAAAUGCAGGUAUAUGCCGCUAUAACACUGGCGGCUCGCAUGAAAGUGGCGCCUCUUGUUAAUCGGAUCGAUUCCAUCCGCGACUAUUCAGAAGUCUUGGACAUCGGAACAAAGUUGGAGCGUUUUCUUGAUGACAUAAAUCAUAUAUAUCCACGACAAGGAUCUUAUAGCGCCGCGCAGAAAAGCAAGCAAUGGAGAAGCCGCGUGAUUCUCGAUAUGCAUGUGAGACGGCCGCUUCUAGCGCUCUACCGUCCUCUGGCGCUUGGUGCCGCAGAUGUCCCAGCAGAAAUAUCACGGUCAUUUUUGAAGUCCUCGAUGGUGAUAUUGAAAUACCUUGAUGAGUUGGAUCCAACACAGCCCCAAUUCCAUGUCGUGGCAGAGAUGUAUCAUCAAAUUCUAAAGCCAGAUAUCAUCUAUUGCUCACUGAGCGUCUGUUACUAUAUUCAGUCUGCUGUCCGCCAGAAUUCGGAUUCGCUACAGUUUAACCAGCAUGGCGGCCCGAGCCUGUCGGGUGCUCAUGGAGAAGAUCUUUCACUUGCUUCUGCAGAAGCUGUGGUGCCUUGGUCCCCUGCACGCCUGGUUUCCACGGUGCAGGAGAGUCUGGAGCUACUCAUCAAGUAUAUGGGUGGAGGUGAUACCAAGGACAUAUUAUGUCUGGCCACAAUAUUAGAGACAGUCAAAACUGCGGAACCUAACGUUCAAGAGGUGACACGGAAUCUGUAUGCCGUAUUCGACAGUUGUCUAAGAUCGUCAAACAUAACACAGGAAAAGUUUCGGGCUGUUUCUACCGAUCAAUACGGCACAGAUUCAUACCUGCACGGCCAAAUGACCUACGGAUACGCCAACAGUGUGGGCUCAGGAGGGUCGGCUAACAAUGUUGCGAGCUGGGUUUUAUGGAAUGGAUGGGAAUGA